AUGUCGAAGAAAAGCGACAAGAAGAAGGGGCGUUCUGCCAUCAAUGAAGUUGUAACUCGUGAAUACACAAUAAACGUACACAAGAGGAUCCAUGGCAUGUAAGAUUCGCGUUUUCUGGCAGUUUUUGCUAAUAAAAGUAGAAAAAAAUUUUUCGACCCAUUCAAGGUCGAGGACCCUUUUUUGAAGUCUAAUCUCGUGGAUUUUUUUAAAUUUCAAAGGUUAAAAUUUCCACAAUUUUACACCACAGGCAAAGGAGUCUGUACUUCAACGUCUAUAACCCUUUUUAUAGUUGAAGCAAAAUCGUUGUUUUUCGAUGUCUCAAGUCAGAUGAUUGAUGGAUCCAUUGUAUCACAAAAUUUAAGAAAAAUAUAAAGAAUUAAAUAAAAUCUGUAACGAGCUCCUGUUGUGGUUAUUCGGGUUUAUAAUAAUACUUUCCAGGAGAAGACGAGGUUUUUUUUUUGUGCGAGGACAGGUAAUUAACUUUGUGUCGCACAUAUGCGGCUGAGAUCAUGUCUAAUGGUUCUACCUGUGGUAAAAGUUAUACAUGUGUUGUUAGUAUGAGUUUUACAUGACCUCAUAUUCUCGGAUGUUUACAAAAUUUCUGCAAAGCCUUUACAUUCUCAAUGCAUACAUUUAAUUUUCUGUUGUUGUUUGUUCCUGUUCACUAUUUGCAUAUAAAAUAAGAGUAUUGCAUGCAUAUUAAAAUGCAAAAUGCUUUUAACAGUGGAUUCAAGAGACGAGCUCCAAGGGCUAUCAAGGAAAUAAAGAAGUUUGCGGAAAAGAUGAUGGGGACCCCAGAUGUCCGUGUAGACACCAACUUGAACAAACAUGUGUGGUCUAAGGGUAUCAGGUGUGUUUUCUUUACUGCUACGACCAAAAGCACUCAACUGUUAGAUCCCCGCAAAGCAGAGUUUGAGAGUAUGGUUUCACAGAUUUGAGUCCAGCUACAUUGAAAGGUUCAUGAAUUUAAAAAAAUCAAGUCAUCAUGUAUUUGAGAAAACAUGCUGACUUUACUGUUAUCUAACCUAUAAAAAACCACUGUAUUUCCCACUAGAAUCGAUUGAGAAUAAACUACCACUUACGACCACCUCUCACAACAUCCUCAGAGACUUGGGGAUGGUCAGUCAGGUCAGGAAAAACAUUGGUGAAAGUUUUUAAGGACGGGCAAGAGAGGGUUCUAAAAGUGACCUUCCCCUUUAAGGGACCUCCAAAUAUUGGCAUCUGAGGUGCUUGCUUAAAGGCACUUAUAGGAUUGGUUGGGGAAACAAUCAAGCAAACAAUGUGAACAAUGGAAACUAACCGGAAAACAAAAGACAAGGUGCAAUGAAAGUCAGUUUUACAGCCUGCCAUUCAGGCAAGCUGUAGCUAGCAUGUACUAGCCCACAAGUCAUUUCAACUAGCCCCCAAACCCUUUUUGAUUAGCAGGACUCAUUACAAUCCUUCUGUAAUUUGAAUUUCCCCAAAAAACAGCACUUGCCCAUCGGGCAAGUUAAGAACAAAAAUCAGUAGCCCAAUGGCAAAAUCCACUAGCCCCGGGCUAUCGGACACUACUUUCUUUGCACGCUGCAAAGAGCUGCAACAUACAGGGGUUCAAUGGAAUAGGAGGGUUUUUUAAAGUGGUGUGACACCUCUGUGUGCUUGUGGAAGAUUUUAGAGUGAUUUUACUUAACCCGUGAAAUAGGUAGUAGAAUACUAUACGCUAUGAUGCACUAAUUCUACUGUCUUCUUUUGUCUAUUUAUAGCUAUUUUGCACUAGUUGUUAUAAUCUGUUUCACGGGUCAAGUAAAAUCACUCUAUAGUAGUUCUUUUUUCCUUAUCUGGCUUUAUUGUUGUUCUUCACUGUAUUGAAAAAGUUUAUUUUACACAGGUAUUGUUUUGGCCAAGGACAUUUCUUUCAACGUUGAAUUUUUGUUUUUGUUUUCUAGAAAUGUACCUUUUAGGGUUAGAAUUCGUCUUGCUCGUAAGAGAAAUGAAGAUGAAGACUCUAUUCACAAAUUGUAUACCCUUGUUACUCAUGUUCCUGUUGCUACAUUCAAGGGUAAGUCUUUCAUUGUUUUAUAA